CAACCCUAAAAUCUCGCGGUGCUACCAUUCAGACAUCUUGCAUUUUACUAAAUCUGGUUUUGGAGAUUUUUCCUCAUUAAACAUAUACUUUAUCUAUAUAUAUGCUCGGUAUAAACAGGCUUCUUUUGGGGUCCUUUGAACCGAGAUUCCUCUAAGCUAACAGAUGUAAGGCGGUCGGACCGAGCCUCGCGUGCCAAUCCCGCGGAGUUUAGACGCUUUCUCACGGGCUGCUCUCGCCGUAUUGUGCGUCAUCUCCAUCGCUGCCGUUUUGUUAUUUUUCUCCAGCGAGGAAACAUGGCAACUCCCGCCGCGGUCAACCCGUCCGAGAUGGGCAGUGAGUUGCCGGGGACCGUCGCCAUGCCGGGGGCCGUUGGAGCCGGUCAGGUGAGGAUGGGAGGAGCUGUGCCAGGCCGCGGGGGGAAGAGGAGGUCAGGAGGAAUGGACUUUGACGAUGAAGACGGAGAGGGACCAAGCAAAUUCUCAAGAGAGAACCACAGUGAGAUUGAACGACGCAGGCGUAACAAAAUGACGCAGUACAUCACGGAGCUGUCAGACAUGGUCCCCACCUGUAGCGCGCUGGCCAGGAAACCUGACAAACUGACCAUCCUGCGCAUGGCUGUGUCCCAUAUGAAGUCCAUGCGGGGCACUGGCAACACGUCCACUGACGGGGCCUACAAGCCCUCCUUCCUCACCGAACAGGAACUGAAGCAUCUCAUCCUGGAGGCGGCGGACGGCUUCCUCUUUGUUGUUGCCGCGGAGACGGGCCGGGUGAUCUACGUGUCGGACUCAGUGGCGCCGGUGCUGAACCACCCCCAGGCGGAGUGGUUCGGCAGCACUCUGUACGAGCAGGUCCACCCCGACGACGUGGACAAGCUGAGGGAGCAGCUCAGCACCUCGGAGAACUCCAUGACAGGACGGAUUUUGGACCUGAAGACAGGGACAGUGAAGAAGGAGGGGCAGCAGUCCUCCAUGAGGAUGUGCAUGGGCUCCCGACGCUCCUUCAUCUGCCGCAUGAGGUGCGGUAGUGCUCCCCUGGAUCACAUCUCCCUAAACCGACUAUCUAACAUGAGGAAGAGAUACAGGAAUGGCCUUGGACCCUCAAAAGAAGGAGAGGCUCAGUACUCUGUGGUGCAUUGCACUGGCUACAUCAAAGCCUGGCCCCCUGCAGGUAUGACGAUCCAAGAAGAAGGAAAAGAGGCAGGUUGCGACUGGAAAAUAAUGAAUGGUGAGAAAGCAGAUGGGGAGAACCCCCAGCCCUGUAUUGGCUCACUGUGCACCUACCUCCCUAAGGAUCACAGGGAGAGUGCCAGUGCCCAUGCCCCACACUCAAACACUGACCCCGUGCAGAGUGGGGAGGUGGCGGGAUUCGCCCCCUCAUCCCGGGCGGAGAGAUUUUCUCCCCCCGCCAGUCAGAUCCGUGAAGACGGGCAGCCCGUCCCCGUGAGUGCCGGCACGCUGGUUCCACGGGCCCACACACCCGCCGCCAUGAUCAUCAUCCAGGGAGAGUACAGCCCUGGGCGGUGGACUUCCAUGGACGCCGGACCCGGAAGGAACGGCGAACGUGAAAUGGCACCGCCUCUGCCAUAUCCUGGUCCCCCAAACACUCGAAGCAGAGGUGGUGGGGACAGUGGCGACUCCCUGGAGGUGACCAGCUCUCCGGUCUCCAUGGACAUGAACGGCCUGUCGGUGCCCACAGAGUUCCUGUCGCGCCACAACUCAGACGGUGUCAUCACCUUCGUGGACCCGCGCUGCAUCAACGUGAUUGGCUAUCAGCCUCAGGACCUGCUGGGGAAAGACAUCCUGGAGUUCUGCCAUCCUGAGGACCAGAGUCACCUGAGAGAGAGCUUCCAGCAGGUGGUGAAGCUGAAGGGCCAGGUUCUCUCUGUCAUGUACCGCUUCAGGAUGAAGAACAGGGAGUGGAUGCUGAUCAGAACCAGCAGCUUCACCUUCCAGAAUCCCUACUCUGACGAGAUCGAGUACAUCAUCUGCACCAACACCAAUGUCAAGCAGCUGCAGCAGCAGCAGCAGGCGGAGCUGGAGGUGCACCAGAGAGACGGACUGACGGCCUACGACCUGUCCCAGGUGCCUGUGGCCGGUGUCAGCAGUGGAGUCCACGAGGCGGGGAAGAACAUCGACAAGACAGAAGUGCUGUUCUCCCAGGAGAGAGACCCCCGCUUCGCAGAGAUGUACAGCGGCAUCUCCGCUGCAGAUAAGAAGAUGAUGGUCCCCUCCUCCACAGCUGGAGGACAGCAGCUGUACUCCCAGAGCUCUCCCUUCCAGCAGGGACACUCUGGGAAGAGCUUCAGCUCCUCAGUGAUCCAUGUCCCCGGUGUCAAUGACAUACAGCCAUCAGGCUCGUCUAAUCAGAAUCUAGCUCAGAUCUCCAGACAGCUAAACCCAGGGCAGGUGGCAUGGUCAGGCAACCGCCCCCCCUUCUCUGGACAGUCCAGUAAAGCCCAGUCCAGCCCCUUUGGGAUUGGUUCUGGCCACAGCUACCAGACGGACCCCGCCUCCUACAGCCCGCUGUCGUCUCCGGCCACUUCCUCCCCGAGCGGCAACGCCUACUCAGGACUGACCAACCGCAGCACAGCUUUUGAUGUGUCGGGGGAGGGCAGUCAGAGUGGAGCUCAGUUCCAGGGCCGUCCCAGCGAGGUGUGGUCCCAGUGGCAGAACCAGCACCACAGCCAGCAGGCGGGGGAGCAGCACACACACCCCAACCCCAGCCAGACAGAGGUGUUCCAGGACAUGUUACCCAUGGCUGGAGACCCCACCCAGGGAACAGCCAACUACAACAUAGAGGACUUCGCUGACCUCGGCAUGUUCCCCCCCUUCUCUGAGUAACACCCCCUUUCCCAUCCCCACCCUCAGAACUGGACUGAUGUCUCGUCGUUGUCUCAUGUUUCUUUAUUGCUGGAUCCUGAUGUGCAGCACAGUGAAUGUCUGCGUCUCUUUUCAAACACACUUCACUUAUCAAGCCUGCAGUCUGUAUCUAUGACCAUACACAUACCUCAUCUCUGCAGGCAGGUGGGAUGCACAUCCGUCAUCCUGCAUCACUCCCUGUGUGCUGAGGAGCUCCUGCAGUCCAGAGGUCGGAACAGUAAAUAUAGCUGUACUCGUCAGAGACUAGUUUAUUACUAUUUUACUUCCUAGUUUUCAGAUUUGACAAAGCAAAAAUUCCAAAAAGAUGAUCAUGAAAUCCUUUCAGUCAGCGGUUCAUGUCUGCAAGCAUCUGCACCCAAAUGUACGAGUGUUCCAACAAAUAGCCUGCACCCACUGAUGUAGACGAGUUUCCACUGCUGUUCACAUCUGUUCGGAGUAUAUCAUGUUUUCAGGAUUCAAUAAUAACUCAAACAUUUGAAAAAACUCAUUUAUAAGUCAUUCCUCCCUUAUGCUGUGUGCUGUGCUGUCACUGACAAAGUGGUGCUGAGCAUUAACACCAUGACACUCAGAGUCCCUCAGCAUGUCACUACUGAUGAACUGAUGGUGUUCAUGUAGAGCUGACACUUGCACAGCAACUUUACAUUCCAUUUCAAAAGGCUAAAUAAAAGAAUUUAGAACUCAAGAGAAGUUGCACAAAUCUUGCUCAACUGUGUGUGAGGAAACAACAUUGGCAUACUCUGCAAAUUGAGAACUGUUCUUAAAGAGGCUCAUUCUGCUUCCCUUCCUGCAGUGUGUUCUAAAGGUUUGUGUGCAUGUUAAUGGUCUGCAAAGGCUCAAAUCCCUCAGACAGAGGGUGAAAAGAGGAGCUGCAGCACAGACAGUAUGAGAACAAUAAAGAGCUUUAGAACGUUAAAGCCUGGAGACAUGUCCCAGUAGAGACACUACAUACUGAUAUGAACCAGAAAAGAGCAGAAUAUGUCCUCUUUAAAACAAGAGCUCAAGAGAAGUACUGCAGCUCUACGCCAUGCUUAAAGAGCGGAGUAUGUGUAUCAUCACAGUAAAGUGUUUGUGUCGGCACUCUCUUUACUUCUAAGCAGGAUUGUGUUACAGUGCUAAGCUAGCAUGUUAAUACACACACAGAGACACACAUCUGACCUGCUGAGGUCAUCAGUCAUAGCUCCCAUGUCAAAUCACAUGCAUAAUGUGACAGUGUUACUGAGCGAUGUCAUCAGAGCCAAAAUCAUGUUGGAAUUCAGUCAUAAAUAACUUGUGUGCACAUACUGUAUAAAACCAACGACAGAAACAGUCAGCAGUAUCAGCCUGCUGAAAACUAAGUGCAGCCUCCCACAGACCAACAGGCCCCCCCACCUCCUCUGCUGAUGCCUGCAGUGUUUGUACAGUCAGUUUUGAUGUAUUGCCAAUCCCUGCACUCAGUGGCGUAACAAGGUUGUGAUUGGCCCCGGUGCAAAUAUUGUUCUGGGGCCCCAAUCGCCCCAAACAUAAGCACACGCACGGACAUACACAACCACUCGGAAGCGCCACAUGUAGGCUUUCAACAACAGCCUGCCCUGGCCUCAGACCACCACAGCUUGACAACGGCACAGCGAACUAAGAAGAGGAUUAAACCUGUUUCCUUGAUGUUUGUCUCUGGGGGAUGGCCCGGCAGGCCUACAUGGACCGGUUGCUAUAAUAUAGCUUUUGAUCUUGGCGUCGGGGGUCUCAAUAGCGCCAUAGAGUCCCCUAUCGGUUGGAGCCCUUGGAGGAACUGUUGGACCACCACCGGGCACAGCCAAGUCGAUAGUUAUGCCACUGCCUGCACUACAUGUUGCCACACACACACAGAUGUAUGUGAUGUUUAAGACGUUGGCCUCCACCUGCCUGCAGCCUCUUCACACCAUCGCUGCCAAACAGCAGCAGGGAAGGGGGUCUCCACCUGCUGCUGUCCUCACUCUCCACCAACCUUACUGUGUAAACUGUAUGUAGUGAUGUCCAGAACUCUAGAGAACCCAACGCCAGUAUAGAAGAUUCUGUGUAUAAAUGAAAAUCUACAUUGAAAAAUAAUAAUAAAAACUCAUUGCAGGCCGUUGCUAAGCUAAGGCUUAAAGUGCACUUCAUGAAGCUAACUGCUAAUCUCACCAGCCUGCUUUAAAGGGAAGAACCGCCAUACCGUGGGAGCGAAGCGCAGCGUCUCACCGUGAGUUUGUCCUUCAGCUGGCUACUUGACUUUAUUACUUUAUAAUCUUUUCAACUAUUAAGAGACUUAAUAAUACUUUCUAGCGGGGAGCUUUUACAGUACGGAUUGUAUAAUGUCUCUGAGUGACGGAUGGAGAACAUGAACAGACAUCAGAGCCCUUUUGCUAAAGAUCUCAGAUUGAUGUGUUUUGUAAAUAAUGUGAUUUUUAUGUCGACUCGUGUUACUUUCACACAGUACAUGUUUUUUGUGUAGGUUUUAAUGAUUGUGUGCAAUGUGAGUACAUAUUUAACUAUCGGUAUUUAGUUAGUCUGUUAAUUGUACAUUGAGUUCUAGACCUGUGUAAAUGUGACCCAAUAUUUUUGUGUAACAAAUUGUGCUUGUGACAUUAAAUUCAUAUUGGUUA